GUUCAGCAAGAUGAAGUGACUGAAAUAGAUAUACUAGUGAAGGAUUUAAGAGUGCUUAGGCACUCAAAUUACACUGUUCCUUUAAAGGAAAGCAUGCUGUUUUCCAUCCCUAGGGACAAUGAUGUCUUAUUCACACUUCCUAAUAUUGCAAGAAAAGAUGUUGAAAGUCCACUGCAAACAACUAGUCACUAUCUUCUCAGGCAAGUAGAAACCACAGUAGAUGAAGAGACGCUGCCUGGGAAAUUACCAGAGACUCCUCUCAGAACAGAUCCUACAUCCUCUUACAAGGUGAUGUGCCAGUGGGUGGAAGACUUGAGGAAAGAGCUUUGCAAGUUCUGGCUUCGGUCAUUUCCUGUAUUCUUUAAUCUGAUGGAGGUCAUUGUGGUUGGAGUUAUAGGAGCAGCUUUAAUCAUAAAAGUCUUAAAAGUACUUUGCCCAUGUGAGCCCAAGGGAAUCCUCCACCUUGAUUUCAACAUUAUACCUGUGGUUGCAGUCAGCUUGCUUCCAGACUUGCCAGAGAAAAAAGACAAUAUAGAGGAAAAAUGUAUUUAAAAAGUUUGCCUUCAAGUAUUUGUAUGAGUUUGACCCAAUAUUUGGCAUGAUCCUUAAUAUAUUGUGUAAUGUAUUAAGAAAAGGCUAUGGAAUAUCAGCGUUUUAAAGGAUACCUAACAUUGAGGCCCUAAGGAGUUCAUCUUGUUUCACUUCAACCACCCUAAUACCUUCGCUCUCUCUCACACAAACACAUAGCCCAGCAGGUUCCUUAUAGAAUGGCUGCAGUAAAUUCUAACUUCUUUGAAGGAAUUUUUCAACAUACAAUUCAAACAGCCCAAACACAGCGGCUGUAUAAACAUGCCAUACUAAUCCAAAUGACCUCAACCUGCAAAUAUUGUUUACAGAUUUUAGUAAGACAUGCUUCCAAAUAAAUAUUAAAAUUAUAGCUUUAAACUCUACAUGGAAUGGAAUGAGUCUAAUGGAAAUGAGUCUAAGCUAUCAGUCCCUAUGAACAUGGAAUGGAAUUGUGUGAGAACCUAUACCCACCUGUAACAAAAAGAAAGCUAGUUUAGGCUGGAUAUCCUAAAGUGUGCCUUGGGGGAGAAAAGGUGGGAAGGAGCUUUUGUUCGCUCUUAAGAUGAAUUGGCUUUUGGUGUAAUGCUUUUACUGUACAAAAGGCAAUGUAACAUUACAAGCACUUUAUUUGGUCCAUAAAAAAUAAGGCCUCCUAAAAGGUGUAAGCACUUUUAAAACUGUGCUUCUUGAAGCUGCAGUACAGUAUACAUUUCUAAAGAGCACAAAUGCCUUUAAAAUGGUGAUUUACAAAGCAGUUUUCCAGACAAAUUUGUAUGAUCACAACUUUUCAAUAAAUCUUUACAUGUUGAGAGACAUUAAUAUUUCUCUAGAGUUGUUUGACCAUUUGGAUUUUUUAUGAUACUUUAAAAGGCUGCAUUCUGUGAUCCAGCAUUUCUAAGCAGCAGCUGAAGCCAGAUGUAUGACUUUGCUCUGGAAGGAAAUAUGUUCCAAGGUUUUACACAUACUCCUCAAC